GCUGCUGUUUUGCAAAUAACAAUGUAGUACCAUCUUGAAGUAUAGCAAAUAGAUGAAAUACACAGAGUGAAUGAAACAAAACAAAAAGAGUUAGUUAAAAUGGUACCUCUGAAAGAGCUGCAGUUGCCAGGCUACUGACACUGCUAUUCUGUGUGUGUGGCGUGACACAAUGCUCAGGCUUUUCUUCUGCUUCCUUUAGUAAGUCUGCACUAUCUUUUGCACAUCAGGAUUUUGUUCCUUCAUCUGUUGAGUAACGUGAUCUCUUUCUACAUCCAGAUCAAGAGAUUGUAUAUUUUGGGAACUACAAGGUUUUGGAAUGGACAUGGAAAUUCUUAAGUGUUUCACAAAAAAUGAAAUUUGUGCCAAGGCAAAAAUGUCACAGGUUAAGCAAGUGGGCCUGUUAGCUGCUGGAUGUCAGCCAUGGAACAAAGAUGUAUGUGUUGCUAGUGGCGACAGAUUUGCCUAUUGUGCCACCCUUGCUAUUUAUAUUUACCAGUUGGAUCACCGGUACAAUGAAUUCAAACUCCGGGCAAUUAUGUCUGAGCAUAAGAAAACAAUCACAGCAAUAUCUUGGUGUCCCCACAACCCUGAUAUGUUUGCAAGUGCCAGUGCAGAUAACUUAGUGAUCAUUUGGAAUGUGGCUGAACAGAAAGCUAUUGCAAAACUUGACAAUACAAAAGGGGUUCCUGCCUCACUUAGUUGGUGCUGGAAUGCAGGGGAUGCAGUUGCAUUCGUUUCCCAUAGAGGCCCAUUGUAUAUCUGGACUAUCUCCGGAGCAGACAGUGGGGUAGCUGUACAUAAAGAAGCACAUAGUUUCUUGUCAGACAUUUGUCUAUUUAGAUGGCAUCCAAAGAAGAAAGGAAAAGUAGUAUUUGGACACACUGAUGGAAGUCUUUCUAUUUUUCAACCAGGUUCAAAGAGUCAGAAACAUGUCCUGAGACCAGAGUCUCUUGAAGGAACAGACGAAGAGGAUCCAGUUACAGCCCUGGAAUGGGACCCUCUGUCUACUGACUAUCUUCUUGUUGCUAAUUUACAUAAUGGCAUUCGACUAGUUGAUUCUGAGUCUCUCUGCUGUAUCACAGCAUUUAAUUUUCCUAGUGCAGCAGCAUCAGUUCAAUGCUUAGCCUGGGUUCCUAGUGCUCCUGGAAUGUUUAUUACUGGAGAUUCUCAGGUUGGAGUGUUGCGUAUAUGGAAUGUUUCACGCACAACCCCCAUAGAUAAUUUUAAACUGAAGAAAACUGGGUUCCAUGGUUUGCAUGUGCUCAAUUCUCCUCCAAAGAAAAAGUCACUUUCAUCACAUUCUCCUACUAAAAAUCAUCAUACAUCAUCUACCAGCGAGGCUGUUCCACCCCCAACUCUAACCCAAAACCAAGCAUUCUCUCUUCCUCCUGGCCAUGCUGUCUGCUGUUUUAUGGAUGGUGGAGUGGGGCUUUAUGACAUGGGAGCCAAGAAAUGGGAUUUCCUUAGAGAUUUGGGUCAUGUUGAAACCAUCUUUGACUGUAAAUUCAAACCUGAUAACCCUGACCUUCUAGCUACAGCAUCAUUCGAUGGGACAAUAAAAGUGUGGGAUAUAAACACUUUAACUGCAGUCUACACCUCUCCUGGGAAUGAGGGGGUCAUUUAUUCUCUUUCUUGGGCUCCAGGGGAUUUGAACUGCAUAGCUGGUGCAACCUCCAGAAAUGGUGGCUUUAUCUGGGAUGUCCCAAGAGGCAAAAUGGUAACCCGAUUCAGUGAGCAUGGAAAGAAUGGAAUCUUCUGCAUUGCUUGGAGUCAUAAAGAUUCCAAAAGAAUAGCGACCUGCAGUGGCGAUGGAUUCUGUAUUAUUAGAACCAUUGAUGGCAAAGUUCUUCACAAAUACAAACAUCCAGCUGCAGUUUUUGGUUGUGAUUGGAGCCAAAACAACAAAGAUAUGAUAGCCACUGGCUGUGAAGAUAAAAAUGUUCGUGUUUAUUACCUAGCAACCAGCUCUGAUCAGCCACUGAAGGUUUUUACAGGGCAUACUGCAAAGGUGUUUCAUGUAAGAUGGUCUCCUCUGAGAGAAGGAAUCCUCUGCAGUGGUUCUGAUGAUGGUACUGUCCGAAUAUGGGAUUACACACAAGAUGCUUGUAUAAAUGUUCUUAGUGGACAUACAGCACCAGUACGGGGACUGAUGUGGAAUACCGAAAUCCCUUACCUAUUAAUAUCAGGCAGCUGGGACUAUACAAUACGGGUGUGGGACACAAGAGAUGGAACUUGUCUAGACACAGUUUAUGAUCAUGGUGCCGAUGUAUAUGGAUUAACAUGUCAUCCUAGUCGCCCAUUCACGAUGGCCUCUUGUUCUCGUGACUCGACUGUGAGACUUUGGUCUUUAACACCUCUAAUAAACCCUCUCCAAAUAAAUAUCCUUGCAGACAGAUCUUGGGAUGAGAUCAUUGGCAAUACUGAUCGUGCUGUGGAACCAGGUGCUCCUCCUUUGCUAUGUGGUAAAGUAUCCAGGGAUAUUAAACAGGAGGUGGACAAGCUGACUGGUAAUACUCGAGGGAAAAAGCUAAGGUGGUUUUCAGAAUGUUUGUCACCUCCAGGAGGCAGUAAAAAUUUAUGGGACCUAGUUGCUGUAAUAAAAGGUCAGGAUGAUAGCUUGCUUCCACAAAACUACUGCAAAGGAAUUAUGCAUAUGAAGCAUCUGGUUAGAUUUAGAAUGUCCAGAGCCCAAGAACUAACGACAGUAAAAAUGUCCAAAUUUGGAGGAGGUAUUGGUGCACCUAGCAAGGAGGAAAGGCUAAAGGAAGCAGCAGAAAUACAUUUAAGAUUAGGACAAAUUCAGAGAUAUUGUGAACUUAUGGUGGAGCUUGGAGAGUGGGACAAAGCCCUCUCAGUUGCACCAGGUGUAUCUAUGAAAUACUGGAAAAAGCUAAUGCAAAGGAGAGCUGACCAGUUAAUUCAAGAGGAAAAUGAUGAUGUCAUCCCAUACUGCAUAGCUACUGGUGAUGUGAAGAAACUAGUCACUUUUUUUACUUCAAGGGGCCAACUUAAAGAGGCUCUGCUUGUUGCACAGGCAGCUUGUGAAGGAAAUAUGCAAAUCGUACAGCUUUCAACAUCAAAUGGAUCUUCAAAUCCUGAUGGAAACAUGGAAGAUUACAAUGAACUCCUCCACAGGGUCAGUAAAGAACUGGCAGAGUGGUAUUUCCAGGAUGGCCGUGCAGUUCUUGCAGCGUGUUGCUAUCUAGGUGUUGAGAAUAUUGAGCUUGCCAUGGCAAACCUGAUUCGUGGAAAUGAACUGGAGUUGGCAGUCAGUGUGGGUACUGUCUUAGGAGAAAGUGCAGCGCAAGCAACACAUUAUGCUCUAGAGUUACUAGCAAGAAAAUGUAUGACAGUAACAACAUGCUUUCCACCUCUUGGAUACAGGGACUUAGCAGCAGAUCUUCUCAUGAUGACUCCCAAUAAUGAACUGCAGUUAGCAAAGCUGUGUGCUUUCUACCCUGGAUCGACAGCAGAGAUAAAUGAGCUACAUGAAAAGUGUAAUCUACCAGGGGUAGAUGAAUGUAUGCAGUUGGCAGAGACAGCUCAGGCAAAAGGAGACAUAUUUGAAACCAUAAAAUACUAUUUGUUGAGUGCAGAACCAGAAAAAGCCCUUCCCAUUGGCAUUCAAUAUAUUAAAGAACAAAUUAGUAGCUCAGAUUGGACUUUGGAUUCAGUGUGCACUUUUCUUGACCUUCUAAGCUAUAUACGCACUGAAAGAUUAGUGCUGCAUAAAUGUAGUGAAGUUCGGAAUGAGCUGCUGAUAUUGUCUGGUUACAUUGGGGCUUUACUUGCUAUUAGAAGAGAGUAUGCUAGCAUUGUACCUGCACUUUAUGAAUACACAAGUCAGCUUUUAAAACGGCGAGAGGUCUCUGUUCCCCUGAAAAUUGAACAGCUCUCUGAGGAACUAGAUGCUUGGAGAGCUUGCACUCACUUAGUCAACAAAUCUACUGAUGAACUGUCAUAUACCUCUCCAUCUGAAUCACAGAGAAUGGUAUAUUCAACAUUGGUAUCACGAAUAAAAGAAGAGCCUCUUAAAGGAAUGAUUGGACCAGAUUACGUCACUGGAUCUAAUCUUCCUAGUCACUCAGACGUUCACAUCUCUUGUUUGACAGGAUUAAGGAUACAGGGUCCUGUGUUUUUCCUUGAAGAUGGAAAAUCAGCUAUUUCACUGAAUGAUGCUUUGAUGUGGGCCAAAGUGAAUCCCUUCUCACCAUUAGGAACAGGAAUACGACUUAACCCAUUCUGAUAAGAUUGCUUCACCCCCGCCCCCAGUGCUUAAAAGAAGUAACAUCCAGCAGGUUAACGUUAAUUUAACCUUGAUUGUUGAAGGACAGAAAGAUGGCAGUUGAUUCUUCCUGAAAGACAGUUACUUGAAUUUUGCAAAAUGUAAAUGAGAAAAUGAAAAAUUGAUUUUUAUAUAUAAAAAGUUAUGAUAAUCCAAAGAAAAAAAUGUCCUUACAUAAUUGACAGCCAUUUUUUUUAAAGAUGAGAAUACUGUUGUUAGACAACAUAAACAUCUUUCAGUAAAUUUUUGUGAACAAAUUGUAAAGCAAAUAAAGAAAUACCUGCACAUUAUCAAUAUACUGGGGUAGCCUGAACUGUGAAAUUCUUAAGACAUUUUAAAAUACAUCAGUACACAAAUUAUUUAUGCUUUUAUGAAUUGCCACUGAGAUACAGCUGAGCUUCAUACAUCCCUUUUUAUUUGUACCGAAUACUUGAUAAAUAUGAUUCUAAAAAGUGAUAGUGUAUAUUAAAUGACAAUAUAGUCAAAAUACUUCAAUUUUUAAUUAAAAAUCUUUUACUACAAUAAAUAUUUAAGCUUGAACAGUAAAAGUCAUUUUGAUGAAUAUCUAGAUUAGAAUAAAUUAUAUUUUCUGAUAAGUUCACUUUUAGCACUCCCCCUUAUAUUUUAAUGAGCUAAAAUAUUUUAUGAACAUUAUUUUUUUAAUAAAUAGCUUGUAAGUAAUAAAUAACUUAUUCAAUGAAAAUUAUUGAAAUACAUUAUGUAAAUUAAAA